AUGGGAUUUCACAGUCCGAGAUAUCCUGCACAUAAUUUUCGGAGGCGGUUUCAGAUGAGGGGAGAGCUUUUUGAAAGCAUCUUGAAUGCAGUUAUCAAUCAUGACCACUACUUUGCAAGGAAGAUAGAUGUCGUAGGCCAACAAAGUAUAUUACCUCAUCAGAAGCUUACAUCUGCGUUUCAGAUGCUAGCUAAUGAGUGUUCUGCAGACUCAACUGACGAAUAUUGUCGACUUGUGGAGAUUACUGCUACUGAGAACCUAAAGCGCUUCUGUAAGGCAAUUGAAGUCAUAUAUGGAGCCACAUACCUUCGCAAGCCAAAUGGUGAAAACUUGAAGAGGCUUCUACGCAAGGCAGAGAAAAGAGGCUUCCCUAGCAUGAUAAGAAGCCUCGAUUGUAUGCAUUAG